ACUCUGCCACUGCCACCUUAGACUGCAAACUGCAACUCGGCUCAUUUUCUUGGGAAACCACGUCUUGAGCUUUGCACAUAUACUAUCCUAUAUUUUCCUCCAUCGACAUCGACGCCGUUACGCCCUCCUAACGACCACGAUCGCGACCAUUUACCCUCUGUAUAUUUAUUUCCAUCUGUCCGACCUGUUCCGAAUAUAGAUUCUCUCCCUUUUCCCGGUCGAACCCUCCCACAACUCGUCCAGUUGGCUUGCUGACCUGAGGAGAGUCAACAAGCUGACUGGUUCUGAGCCUGCGCUUCGAGUGUCGAACCAUUCAUGCCGCGAAACCCUGCGGCGAAAAAGCACCAGCAUAACAAUCGCCACGAAAAUGGCCUUGUAGGCCCCGGAAAACGUGUCUCGAAGCAAAAGUCGAAUGGUCACCUCAAUGGCGCCGCAAAGGGCCCUGUCCCCUCGGAGUCUGUUUCUCAAUCAAGUUCUGCAGAAUCCUCAGUGACGGGAUCAGUCCACGAGCAAACCACCACUGCCUAUCCCGAUUCGAAUCCAGACCCCCCGAAAGCAUCCAUUUCAAAGCCCGCGGAGUCGGAAGCGGGCGAGAUCAAGGACAAGGAGGUUCCAAAAGAGUCGAAUGGGUCAGCAAUGUUGCAACAAAAACGAGGCGAUGCGUCGACUGCGCAAGCCAAGUCUAUACAGGACUUCAGUGCCUUCCAGAUUGCGUCGACUAUCCUUAAGUCUCGACCGGCAUGCGACACCAUUUCUUUGCUGAUCGUGCUCUUGGCUCUGCCAACCAUGAUCUUGACCAUUGUUCAGGCCUUCUUUGCCUCUUUGACACUUCUACCCGGCGGCAGUUCGUCUUCGGCAUUUCUUUCUCUGGUCGAUAUCUUUCAUGGGUCUGCAGGUGCACCCAGUAUCACGACUAGGGCGAUCGUGGACAUUAUUUGUUUCGGACUGUGGUUGUGCCUGUGGCCCUGGGCUCAGAACUUUACGCUGGACCUGGCUCAAAUACAAAUUGCCAUGGUACUUGGAAACGGAAGUUCUGGGCGAAACGGCCGAGUCAAUACUUUCUGCUUGACAGGUGUACUCCUGCUGCAUCUAGUCCGGAGUAAGGGUGUUAGGCGCUUUUUGUUUGCAAAUUUUGUCCCUACAGAGUUAAUCUCUCAACUUGGACUGUCAGAAUAUCUGAGGUAUUUACCUUCCGAUGCCGAUUUUGGGCAGAGUCCCAGAGCUCCGUCGCAGAUUCGAAGUCUUUUCGCAAUACACAUCAUCAGCCAAGCUGUGUUGGCGGUCAUUCGCCGCCGGCUCAAAAGCGCUAAUUCUCAAGGACCUACAAAGGCAAAGCGAGUAGACAUGGAAGCAUCCGUGGGCGCAUUCUCCGACUUCUCGACUAUGGACGGUACUUCGUCGACGGCCAUAUCCAGUUCGGUGGACUAUCAGCCGCCUCCGACACCCGGGCUCAAAGAAGGUAAGGAGAAAAACACGAGUGCGAAGAAAAGGCGAAAACAGGCGAACCAUGUCAGAAGCAAACAACCUUUUUGGGCUGCCCUUGCCAGUACCAAGGUUCAUGUCAUCAGAGAAGUGGAGCAUAACAAGGCUCUACCAACUGUUGCGAACAACCAGGGAACACCAUUCGAACCAGCACAUCGGGACCUUGUGUGGGUUACCAAUGUCGACCCAUCGUCUAUCUCUUUCGAAACCAGUUACGCUGGCAGUACCGAGGAAGGACCGGAUGCGGGAUCAUCAAGCGAAACCAAGCCUUUUUAUGUCCGCAUCAAUGGUGCCAAAUGGCACUCUGUCACUCUUGAAGCAUUAGAAAACGCAUCGCAGACUGAAAGCUCCAGUGCUCAAUGGUCGGGUACGAUUUCAGGACUGGCACCCAAUUGCACCUACACCUGCACGUUUAUCCGCGCAGACGGAGACGAGGAAUACGCAUCAGUCAUGGUCAGAACUCCAAUGCUGCUUGAUAAAGAUGUCUCUGGUGCCAUGGUGCCUUUGCCCGUCCGUCAAUCUACCAGACCAUCCUCCCCAACGACGACCCUGAAAAACUCGAUCGCGACCGCUGAAGCAAAUCUAAAUGAGUCUCGCAACCGUCUCAAUAAAGCACGCCGUCAACAUCGGACUACCCUCGCCAAAGUCGAAAGGGAGGUGGACAGCUACAAUACCCGCCUCAGAACCGCCGGGGAUGACAAUAAGCAAAAGCAAAAGUUGUUGCAAGCUGAACGUAGCAUUGAACAAACACGGACUGCCACGCAGAAGCUCGACGCGGAUUUGGAAGGCCUGGUAACCACACCUGAGGACGAUAUCGAGGAUCACAGUGCUUCUCAAAGUGCAUUUGAGACACAAUCCAGAGUUCUCGCUGAGGCUAAGGAGUCUCUCGCGAGUGCUUCUUCUGCCGCCGACACUGAUCUUCAGUGUGCUAAAACUGAGCUCACUACAGUUGUAACCCGCAAAGAACGUCUGACUGGUCGCAAUGCCAAAUUGACGGAGCAGCACGACCGUAUAACGCAAGCCAAUGCGCAAGGGCUGAACGAGCGGGAAAGGAAAGCUGCCGAGUCGAAUGCCAAGGACACUGAUCAACAAAGACGCGAGGUUGACUUGUUGCACCACAUCCAAAACCUGGAAGGUGAGGUCAAUAGCCAGAAGAUGAGGCUGGAUGCCAACCGCCGACAAUUGAGACAAUUUGAGGAAGAGGAUGCGCGACAGAUCUUGAUCAGCAGUAGUGGGCCUUUGACUCCCGAGGGCGAGCUGCCUGGUACUCGACAGACGCCACAGCACGCUCGACCCUACGCAUUUGGCAGUUUUCAAGCAUUUCCCAACAGUCCCGUCAUUCCGGAAGUCCAAGGCUCGCCGUUCCUUGCAUAUGCGAAAACACUUCCUUCGACUGAUCAAAGGCGUCCCAGAUCCAAUACCAAUCAGUCAGCUGGCGGGAUAAGCAACCUCUCCGCCGAGUUCGAGGAUGCGGACCCUAUCCCACCCAUGCCUUCAACUACAGAAUAUGAGGUGAUGGAACGCAAGGGAAGUGGCAGUAGCAGAGGUCAUACUGGCAGUCCAGCAGCAGGAAUCAUUGGAAGUGCGUUGCGUAGUCCUCAACGAGGCAGCUACAGUCCAGGACAUGUCCCAGGGUCAACUACUUGGUGAACGAGCCGGUGCUAGAUUGGUUCUUAGAGUGAUUGCGCUUCAAUUCGGUGAAGGUUUACAGUUUGAUGAGAUAGCUCGAAAAAAGUGUUCCCAUCUUCGCAA